UGAUGCUUAACAUAUGGAAUGUGCAAGACGUCUGUGGUGAAAUAUUAGGCGGUUUUGCUUGUGAAACCAAAAAUCUGACGGUAAUUUUUCUUCUCCUUGGCCGUCCAUGUUAUGUAUGCUGUUCGAGCGCAUACAUGGUUUGGCAGCCAGUGUUGAGCAAAGUGGGACAACGAAUAUGCCGGUUAACAUUGUUUUGUUGAAAAGCUUUUAGUGCGAAAGUGUACCGCUAGGCCAAAUGCUGCUGUUAAGCAGCUGAUAAGCGAAAGCUCUUUCCGCAUGAUGCUAGCAAUCUUUAUGUAUUUAAUAUACUGCUUUUUAUUGAAUUUCGUGUGUCUCCGACUCAAAGCGGCUGCGGUGCAAUAGAAUGACGGACGAGGGCUGUGUUGCACCGCUUAUGUAUGUGGCCUCGCAUUUUCAGGCUCAGAAAAUAUUGAUGACAUAAUCGAGCAUCGUGUUUGAAGUUAAAUCGGAGAUACUUGAACUGGCUAGUAUUGCCUUCGACAGAUGCACCACUUGUGGGGCGGAAGACAGCAUUUUAAUAGUUCACCGCUGUGUGAUUUUUCCUCUCACUUCGGGGAUUCCUCUUGUUUUUUGUCCACCAUGUGACUUGCUAUUGUUGUUGAUUCUUAUGUAACAGCCAACACCAACAUUUUUUGACACGAUACGCCUGACCUGCUCAUCUUCGCGGAUGGGCUGAUCAUCCGGUCUUUUGUGAAAGAAACCUUUGCUUGAGCGUCUGGUUCCGAAGGUGAAGCACUUGGUGCCAACAUGACAUCCUUAUCACCAAGUGGCUCUUCCCUGUCUUCCGACGAUAUGGCAUCCAGUCUGACCGGCGGUCAGCGUACUUCACCCACCAAUUCUCUUACCUCCGACGCGUCCAAUCUGGCACCGGAAGUGAAGCUGCACUGCACGAUUUGUUCAGAAACCUUUCGAUCUCCUAAAGUCCUGCAAUGUAUGCAUUCAUUCUGUGCGGCUUGUCUGGACACACUGGCCGCUCAGGAUGGCCCGGAUCGCAUUACCUGCCCGGAAUGCCAUGUUAUGACCAAAUUGCCGCCCAACGGAGUGGCUGGUCUGCUCCCGGAUUACGGCAUGAUCCGUUUGUUGAACUUGGCCAAUCCGUCGAUUAAUCAGUUCGCAAGUGGAGGAGCGAUCGCCGCCGAGCGCUAUUGCACGUCCUGCAAAGGAGCCGAAAAGUUCGCUCAGGCGCAAUGCAUUGAUUGCGCGAAUUUAUUGUGCGCGAACUGCGUGGUGGCCCAUCAGCUGAUGCACUGCUUUAACCGCCAUCGUGUGUGUCCUCUGCAAACCGAAUAUCGCCCGGCCAAUGCAUUCGGCUUUGGUCAGAAUUUCCCCGGUGCUGAGUUCGGAAUGGGCACCGGCGGUAUGAAAAUGGGCCGGUACGAUGCAUAUGGACGAUUGAUCGGUCCGCCUCUGGAUAAGCCUCAGGUUUCGUGUCCGGUGCACGCGAUGGAACGCUUGGAUUUCUUCUGCUCCAGCUGUGAUAUUCCAGUGUGUAAGGACUGUAUUAUGAUUGACCACCCCAAGAGUCAACAUGAUGUGGCCGCCAUUGCUGAAGUUGGUCAACGGGAAAUUGCGGGUCUGAUGCAGAUGAAGGAGAUUGCGCAAGCCAAGGCCGAUGAGUUCUCCGCUAGCUCCAGUGAGGCGAAUCUGACACGGAUUACCGCCAGUUACCAUGCUGCUCAAGCUGCUAUUGAGGAUACUCUGCAGUUCUAUGUUCAGGUACUGAAGGAACGUCGGGAUGAAUUACUGCAGAAUUUGGAAAGUAUUUACGAGGAACGUCAGGUGGCUUCGAACCUUAUCCAGGAGCGGAGCAUCGACUGCAGCCGUCGCCUGAGCAGUGUGUGCCAGUUUAUGGACCGUCUGCUGACGUACGGAAGUGACGCGGAAAUCCUCUUGUUUAAGCGUCAACUGACGCAUUUGGUGGAUACUAUUAUGAACGCCCACUCAGAGAGCUCAUUCGGCUGGUCCGGAGAUAUACAGUUCAACACCAACUAUCAGGCUAUUCAGUCCAGUGUGCAGAAUUCCUAUGGGUUUCUACAGAAGAAAUCGGAUAAUACGGCCCUACCCGUUUUGGCCCACUCACGCAGUGGGCACUCACUGAAUCGUCUCUCCACGGCUAACUCGGGAUCCCAUCGCUCCAUUCCAUCUUUGGCGGCACUGAGUAUGGGAGAUGGGCCAAAUCUGAACGGUGGUAAUCAUCCGGGGAAUUUUAACUUUCCGGCUGGGAAUGGUAUGAAUGGUUUGCCGAAUGGGGCCUUUGAUCGCACGCUACCGUCGGCGGGGAACGGAAUGAAUAUCAAGCGAUCCAGUCCGGCAAUGUACCCUUUUGGAAAUGCUGGCGAUAUGAAUAUUUUCGACAAAUGGAUGGAGAACAACUCUAGCCCAUCGUCUAACUCGGAUUCGUUUUUUAACUUGAGUUCGGAUACACUGAUCGGCGAUGAUGCCACUCCUAGCAAAGGAUUUGUCGGAGCACCUCCAGCGCGUCAAACUAUCCGUCGUUUGAAAAUGGCUUACAUCGCUAAAUUUGGUGAUUUCGGUACUGGAGAUGGUCAGUUUUCUGAGCCGAGUGGCGUGGCUGUGAAUGCCCACCGUGACAUCCUCGUUGCCGACACUAAUAACCACCGCGUCCAGAUCUUUGACCACGAAGGCCGUUUCAAGUUCGCUUUUGGCGAAUGUGGCAAGCGCGACGGACAGAUGCUGUAUCCGAAUCGUGUCGCGGUGGCGCGGAACGGUGACGUUGUGGUCACGGAGCGCAGUCCGACUCAUCAGAUCCAAGUGUACAAUCAAUACGGCGCAUUUGUCCGCAAGUUCGGUGCGGACAUCCUGCAGCAUCCGCGCGGCGUCACCGUGGACAACCGCGGCCGGGUGAUUGUGGUCGAAUGCAAGGUGAUGCGGGUGGUGAUCUUCGAGCCAAACGGACGUAUCUUCAGUAAGUUCGCCUGCUCCCAGCAUCUGGAAUUCCCGAAUGGGGUGGCCACUAACGAUAACGAGGAGAUCUUCAUCAGCGACAACCGGGCGCACUGUGUGAAGGUGUUCAACUACCACGGAGUGUUCCUGCGACAAAUUGGCGGAGAGGGCGUGACCAAUUUCCCCAUCGGGGUAUGCAUUACGGAGCGCGGACAUGUCAUCGUGGCGGACAAUCACAACAACUUCAAUCUGACCAUUUUCCGCCAGGACGGAUCGUUGAUCACCGCGUAUGAGAGCCGUGUAAAACACGCCCAGUGUUUCGAUGUGACGCUGAUGGAUGAGGGAUCGGUUGUGUUGGCCAGCAAGGACUACAAAGUGUACGUGUACCGUUUCGCCAAUUUCGGCAACAGCUUCCCCGUAGUAAGCGACGCCAUGCAGCAGCAUUCGGUCAGUUCGAGUUCCUCUUUGUCGGGACGGAUGGGAGCCGGCGGUAACCCCGGUGUUGGUGGUGGGAUGGGUUUGAAUGAAUUCCACAUGAAUCCUAUGAAGAAUCUGGUCAAAAUGCCUGGAGUUCUCGGCGGCGCCAGCAGUGAUUUUAACUAAUGAGCCUCGACUGUGUCGGAUCCGUGUUGGUUGGGUUUGUUUCUUAAUUGUUUUCUUAUGUUAUUCGUUCAUCCCUUGCUCUCCCCUUCAUCCCAUAAUCCCCACUCGACAGAAUCCCGGUUGAGAAAUUUUUCGUUAUCUUCCAAAUGAAAAAAACAGUGCUUAUAAGUUAUUAAUCCCUUUUUGGUUAUAUUUAUUAACGGGCUAAAGGAAUGGUUUUUGUCUCUUUAUUUCUUUGUUUCUUGUACCAUAUCAAAGCGCAUUCGUGAUCCAGUAGUGGGGGCGAUUUUUUGUGGGAACAUUUUCGGUGCAGUUCAGGGAUGUGUUUUUAUUAAUCAUGACAUUGCGGCAGAGUGGCUGUGCCUGUUCUGUUCGAUGUCACUGAUUCCAUUUAAUUAGCUUUACCGACUGUUGUUAUUUUGAGCCGUUUUUUUCUAAAGAAAAACUUGCUGUUUUUUCUUCCACUCUUUGAAUUUUUAAUACCACGUGGUUUUCUUGUUGUUUCUUUUUUCUCGCAAAUGUUUGUACAGUUGAUUUUUGCUGCGUUUUUUUGAAUUUAGAAUUUGAGCAAUUGUGCGUUUGCAUUACACACACGACUGGACAGUUUGGGUGAUAUUUAUUUAUUAGUUUUUGUUCGAAAUUUGUUUGUGGAUAUAUAAUUGGGUGUUCUGUUGUGGUUAUACCGGUUGUAAAAAUUACGCUUUCAUUUCCUGUUUGGGUUUAAUUGUUCAUCCGAUUGCCGGACCGGUCAGAGACGUCGUUAUAUCCGGUCGAUCAGUCAUCAAACUGCCAUUGCUACAUCGUCGCACUUGAAAAACCCGUUCGCGACGUCCAACAAGAGUGAGCAGUCUUCGAUGUGGUAUCGCGUACAAUAGCAAAAUGAUCUGCUUUUGAGACUUUUUCUCUGUUUUUCUUUCGUUUUACUGGUGACUGUUCAUUCAGUGACCGCAUGUUAAUUAAAAGAUUCAGUUUUAUUUGUAAAUUUGCUUUUGGUGAGAUUAAUAAAGUUAGCUGUUGUCG